AUGGAUAGUUUUGUGGAACAAAAGCUGGAAGAAUGGAAUCUAUCCUGUUUGAAAGUGAUAUUUCAAGGUAGGGGUCGUGAUUAAACGUUGUUUUUUGCUGCUUUUUUUUCUGAAUAUGAACGAACAAUGUUUCAACAUUUUCUUGCUCACUUGAGAGAAAUAUAAAGUGAGGUUGCUCAAAUUUUCAAAAAGUUUUCUUUGAAUAUUUUUCUAGCAAUAAAAACACACAAAUUUAACACCUGUUGACCCUCGAGGGUCUGCCGAAAACUUUCCAAAAAAGUCGAAUCCACUAACAAUUCCUGACACUGUAUUGUUCAUAAAAUCUCAUCGGGGGGGGGGGGGAGAAGCUACGAAACUGGAAGGACGAAAUGGGGUUUCGUCUCCAUGGUGUCAAUGUUUUUAAAAAAAUAUAGUUUAAUAAGUGCCAAUAGCUUAAACAAAUUGGAUUAGUUUAUUUUUUAAAGAUUUACAUUGAAUUUGUGAUAACAAUUACAUUUUUUUUCUAGAGAACAUGAUCGAUGAAGAAGCGUUUCGGUUGCUUGACCACGACUCCAUAAAGGAAAUGAUAACCGCGAUUGGUCCACGACGAAAGCUGUUAAAAAAAUUAGAAGAAGAAAAGGUAUUUUACUAUUGUUAACGUGUAGCAUACAGUAUUAUUCACAGUUGGACAUAUAAUGGGUUAUAUUUGUUCUGUCUGCAACGAAGUUAUUAAUGGAAGCUGUAAGAAUCUUAUUUGGCAUAUCAGAAACCUACAUGCACUCUCAGUGGGUCCUGCUUUUACUGUCCCUGUCAAAUGUGGCCAAGAGGGUUGUUUGCAGACAUUCCGUUAUUCACUGGCCUUUAAACGCCAUAUUGAGAACAAACAUAACGAUAGUCCUCACAAUGAUGGUGAUAAUGAUAAUGAGGGUGAUGCAGAUGAUAAUCCAUUUGAUAUUAACCCCAAUAAUAAUACACCUUGUUUACCUCCCAAUGUUGAAACAGUUUUGAGUAGAAAUGAAAUAACUGAAUUUGCAGCUUCUGCAAUAGCUAAAUUAAAAGCAUCAAGCAGUAUGGUUCAGUCAAAUAUAGACCAUGUAGUUCAUGAAAGUUCAGAGUUGUUUUCAAAUGUAGUCAUGUCUCUUAAAACCAAAACUGAGCAGAUGUUAGACAACAAAGAUAUUGAAAAGGAUGACCCAGAAAGGGUAGAACUUCUUGAAGCAUUUGACAAUGCUCAACGUCCAUAUGAAAACCUGGAAACUGCAUAUCAACAAGAAAAGUACUUUUAUCAGAGUGGUCACUUUAUAAAACCCCGGGAAGUACCAUUCGCUACUGCUUUUUAUCCCCGUCACAACCCAGUUACUAAUCAUGUUGACCAGGUAGCUAGACAUGUGACAUUCCAAUACAUUCCUUUGAAAGACUUGCUUAAGCACAUACUUGAAAGCAAAGGAUUUAUGAGAGGCAUACAGCAAUAUCAACCCAGCAGAGAUGGCAUUAUGCGAGAUUUCCAUGACGGAGAAUUCUGUCGUGGACAUGUCUUUUUUUCAAAUGGAAGAAAUGUUGCCCUUCUUUUGUAUGUGGAUGAUUGCGAAAUAGCUAAUCCGCUUGGAUCAAAGGCAGGGAUACACAAGAUAGGUGUAAUUUAUUGUACCAUUUUAAAUCUACCACCCAAAUUCCGUUCAUCAUUGUGUAACUGCUAUCUUGUUGCAUUGUACAACACAGGGGAUGUUAAAACUUAUGGAUUUGAGCCUAUUUUGGCACCACUUGUAACAGACAUCAAAGAGUUGGAAAGCCGGGGACUACACAUUAGCACAGAUGUGUUUGAGGGAGAUGUCCAUGUUGGUAUUGCCCAGGUGACUGGUGACAACUUGGGACUGAAUGGCAUCUGUGGUUUUAUUGAAAGCUUUGUUGGCCAUCAUUGCUGCAGGACUUGCAAGAUGCAUCUGGUAGAAAUGCAUCGUGCAUUAACAGCAAACUCAGAUUUGCUUCGGGAUUAUGACAACUAUACUGAAGACCUGGAUCUAAAUGAUCCAUCCUCUACUGGCAUUAAAGGAGCUGUGUCGUCUACUGCGCAUACGUUUUGCGCAUAUAGCAAUUUUGAAAACUACAGGCUGUAGUUUUCAAAGUUAGCAUAUCCAAGAUGGCGGCUACUGGGGAGCUAGCGCGUGGCGGGAGACGCGAGAAUUCAGGACGAAAAAGGAAAUACGAUGGUUCGGUAUCAUCGCAAAAGGGGUGGAACAGUCAACACAGGCGAAUAUACCUUUCGUUGAAAAUAUUCGAGGCAUGGAGAGAUGCGAAAACAGAGGCUGGAUAUCAAGCAUCUAGCGAUUGCGACUUCGCUUGCCAUUUGUUGUCAUUGGAAUAUCGCAGAAGGUAAGGAUAUCAUAUUUCGUAUUUUCGUUUGCAAAUACAUAUUGUAUAAUAAACAGCUGAACUUAUAUUUUAUUCCAAUAUCUAAGGGAGCAACAACCUAGACAACAUCACAAGGGAACUGAGACUGCAACGACAAAUAUAAGUGAAUCAGACCAGCAGGAACUCACCGAAGGUAAACUCAAACGAAGCUUUAAAUUACUAUAUAAUAAAUGUAAAUAUUACUAUUUAAUGCCAUGCAAUCCUAAUGAUGUUUAUUUUACGUUUUUUAAUAUUUUAUAAUUCAUUGAUAUAAAUUAUUAUUAUUUUUUAGGUUCAAUGAUAUCAACUCCCCUAAAGGACAUACCUAUUUAUCCCAUGACCAUUCCAUCUGUGUCUCCGAUAUUGGGAAGUCAAGAGGACUCUGAAAGAUUUGUGGACACUGAUGUAUCCCUUAAUCAAAGGUAUUUUAUUAGCCAUAUUUGACAAUUCAUGAAUUCAAAGGGUUGCAUUACUAGUGACACAAUCAUGAUAGUAACAUUGCUUUCUCAUGUCUUGAGGAAAAAGUGGGGGGGGGGGGGGGAUGAAAUAAAAAUAAAUGCCAGAAAAGCACUAGUUGAUAAAGUAAGAGCAAUAAUCAAGGUAAGGUACCUGGUAUAGGUUUUAUUCCACAACCCACAGAAAUCAGUUUCUCACAUGUACUGUCUGUAUAAUACUUAUAGUAAAACUUAUUUUUAUUAAAUACAGCUCAUCUAUUGACCUGUGUAAAGGCAAUACAUCUAUGUUUACCGAUGACGAGGGAGAAAUUACUGAUGACAACAGUUCAGAGGAAGAUAUCAGGUAUGUUUUUAGUUCAAUGCCCUCAGAAGUUACAUUUAUUAUGGUAUAAUUAAGGUAACAUAUGAUGUUUGUUUGGGAUGUUACUUUGAUUGUAUAUCCCCACUGGGCAAGCCUGAAAAAUAUGCCUGGCCACAGUGGAAAUCAAACCUACAACCUGUGGAAUACUAGCCCAAUGCUCUGCCAACUGAUCUAUGUGGUCAGGUUGGUUCGGGUAUGUGAUAUUUUGAGAUUCAAUUCCGAGUAACAUCACAAACUUUAUAUGCACCUGAGUACAUAACACCAACACAGGAAAAAUUAAUGUAACAUAUAUUUUUACAGCUUACAUGACCUUACAAAGUCAAUUCUGGAAGAAUUGAAUGCUGAACAAGAGGACAUGACAAGACAAAGUGACUCUGAGUAAGUUGUUAUAUAUGUUUAAUUUAAUCUCCAUUCAAGGAUGCUAUGUAGUAAUAGAGUAUCUGUCAUAAUUAGUGGUUUUAACUCUAAAGAUAUGUUUCUGUAUAAAUUACUGCACCACAACAAUAAUUUUUGCAGUCAUGUUAAAUCUAAAAUAUAUUUUAUUAAUAGUGUCAUGAAUGAAAUUAGUGAUGAUGAAAGUGUUGGGCUAGCGGAUGACAUUUUUGAAAUGGUGACUGAAGAAGAUGCAGAACACGAGACAGAUGACAUGAACCUGCAACAACAAUCACAUUCCACCACUGAGUGUACUGACACCUUUGGACCGCAUUGCAGAUUCACCAGAGGGGAUGAGGUGUAUUCGAUGAAGAAGGAAUACAAAAUGGUAAAAGAAAAAAAAUUUGUAUGCUCUCUUGAUUUACUGCUUCAGAUCUUUCAGUCGCGAUGUCAGACACCUGGAUGCACAGCUGAAAGUCAAAUCCAGUAUCACUUCAUUGGUGUUACUGUGGUUAUCAACAGUGUUUGUUCAGAGGGGCAUAAAUAUAGAUUCUGUUCUUCACCUCAAGUGAAUAAUAUUUAUGCCAACAAUCUUCAAGCAGCAACCUCCCUUUUGUUCUCUGGCAAUCAAUUUUCUAAAAUUGAGCGGAUGGCAAAGUUUUUUAAUCUGGAGUUCCUGUCAAGUUCCACCUACUACAGAUUUCAAAGACUAUACCUUAUUCCAGAGAUAAAUGAGUGGUGGUCUGGCAUGAGGAAAGAAAUUCUUGUAGAGUUUGCGGAGAAGGAGAUUGUUGUUGGUGGUGAUGGUCAAUGUGACUCACCAGGCUUCAACGCCAAGAAUCUUUGUUACUUCAUCAUGGAGGAAAGUACAAAUCAUAUUCUUGACGUUGAAGUUAUGGACAAGAGACACGUUGGCCUUGUAUCCACCAACAUGGAGAAGGAAGCCGUACAGCGGUGUCUAGAUCGACUCACCAAGGAAGUAAAAGUUGGUGAGUUGGUGACUGAUGCAUCCACAACUGUAAAGGCAUUGCUGGGUAAGUUGAUAUUAUAA